AUGGAUCUUAGAGAAGCUAUGAGAAAGCAAAACGACGUUGCAGUGAACCUUUCCAUGAACGUCUUAUCUUCGGCGACCAAAGACUCUAAUGUAAUCUUCUCGCCGGCGUCAAUCAACUCUGCGAUCACCAUGCACGCCGCUGGUCCCGGAGGAGAGUCAAUCGCUAGUGAAAUCCUCUCCUUCCUCAGAUCUUCGUCAAUCGAAGAGCUCAAGACCAUCUUCCGCGAAAUAUCCUCCGUUGUCUUCGCCGAUCACAGUGCAAGUGGCGGCUCAAAGAUCACGGCGGCGAAUGGCUUAUGGAUUGAAAAAUCACUUACGGUUGAUCCCAAGUUCAAGGAUCUCUUCGAAAACUUCUUCAACGCCGUGUAUGCUCCAGUUGAUUUCCGAUCAAAGCUCAACUUCAUCAUCGUGAUCCCUUGA